AUGAAUUGUUCACAUCUUUCGCUAGCAAUAUUGCUAUUUCUACUGGAGCUCUGCUUGCAAAUCGAUGGCUCCAUUAAGUUUAGCAGCCUAGAAUGCCAAGUCUUUACACCGGACGUGGGUGAUAUCAAGGAGUGUCGUAUUGGUUCCACAAAGAAAGAUAUCAACAUUAUUUUUGAUUGCAAGAAAACUAUAAGCGCAUUCCAGAUCAAGUUUAAGUUAUUAAAGCGUGAAAAUGGAACAUGGCGACCUUUUCUAUACGCAAUGACAAUAGAUAUCUGCGAUUUCUUUCAGAAUCCCAAAAAGUACAUGAUCCCAAACAUGCUAUAUUCGUAUAUUAAAAAAUCCUCAAACAUUAAUCAUACCUGCCCGUAUGAGGCCGGCACUGAACUGGCAUUGACGAAAUGGAAUUUGGAUGAGUCCAACAUUCUAUCCAAGAUGUCUGUGAAUAGCGGCGAAUAUGCAAUGCAUUCUUCUUGGUACAGCAGCGAACAAAUGGUAUUACAAAUAAAUGGAUCCGUAAAGUACACAGCUUAA